AUGCAUCAGAUUCUCAACCUCAGGCAUUGCCUUCUAUGUUUGUUUCUGGUUUCAUCCUUGGCCAUUUCAUUGGCCACGGCGGCCGCCGUUGCUGACUCCCAAGGCGAAGCCAUCGAGGGUGAAACAUCAUCGACGUCAGCUGGCGCUCCUAAAACCACAACGGAGGAAAUACAAGAUGAGAUACAGGAUGGAGCAUCCCUGCAAAAUGCUACCGACAACGAAACUGUACCACAAAAGUUGCUUGAUGAAAUUGAAGACAGUUUCUUUGAUGCCCUUUCCAGAGAUCCAUCCUGCGACAACGAGGAUUGUUGGGCACCUCCUCAAUCAACCUUGGAAACCAGUGGAGAAGCAAAAGACAGUGACACUUGUGACUCCCAAAACAUGCUGGAUGAGGCAAGCAAAAAGGAUGUAGAACAGGGCCAAGAGACUUGCUCCCCUCCGGGUGAUAAGCAUUGGGGGUCAGAUCCAACUAUUCUUCGAAUGCGCGAUAAACUCAGGGAAGCAGGGUCUGUGGGUAGCUCCAAGAAAAAAGAUGGGACCCGACAAAAAUCCAGUGAAAAGACCAUUCCCAAGAAUCGCAGGCCCCCCGUGUUUCUCAUACCGGGCCUAGCUUCGACACGAUUGAUUGCAUGGAAGUUCAAGAGCUGCCCCCAACACCCUCUCCUUUCAGACAUUAAAGUGCUAGAUGUCGCGUGGCUCAACAUCAACUUUGUCUUUCAAAUGGGUACCUUUGAUUCGUCAUGCUUGAAAGACUGCCUAUCUCUGGGUCUGAAUCAAACCGACACGGAUGACCUGGAAACCGGGUGCAAGUUACGUCCAGAGGAGGGCCUCGAUGCUAUAUCCUCCUUGUCUCCAAGUGGGUUCGGUUCGGAUCUCCUUGUGGGUGGGACCAACACUGUCUAUGCCUGGUUGAUUCAGUGGCUAGCAGACAACCUGGGAUACGACGUGACAAAUGUUAUUGGGUUGCCGUAUGAUUGGAGGCUUUCGCCAGAUAGAAUGGAAGGCAGAGAUGGAUUUCUGACCUUAACAAGGAGACGGAUAGAGGCCGCAGUCAAAUCAAAUGGUGAGCCUGGAAUCGUUGUGGCCCAUUCCAUGGGCAAUGUUGUCUUUCGAUACUUUCUGGAGUGGUUGCGGCAAGAAAUGAGGCACGAGUCAUAUCAACAGUACUUAAAGCGCGCCGAGAGACGAGCCAAGAAGCUCAAUAUGCAACAACCAACACAACAAGGGCAGGCGGAAGGGGAUCCGGCUACUGUGUUACCAGGUUGGAUGAGUGGUGUUGUUACCGGCUUUGACGAAUGGUGGAGCGCAUACUUCUCUGCGCGAGAAUCGAUCGGUGGAAACGAAGAAAGCACAGAUGCAGAUGGUCGACACCCACAGCUCUGGGAACUGGCUAAGAUCGAAGGAGAUGGAAAUUGGAUCGACUGGGUUGAGGAGCACAUUUGGACCUACGUGGGACUCUCGGCUCCCUUGCUCGGCGCGAUCAACCCUCUACGUGCCGUCCUGAGUGGAGAGAAUAUGGGCCUGCCAAUCUCUGAUGAAGUGGCCAGGGAAAUGGAACUAACAUUCGGUUCUACUCAUAGUGUAAACCCUGUAUCUUCCAAGAGUGGGUUUUGUGAUCAGUGGGACGUGAAUGAAUGGGGAGAAGAACCCUCCAAGACAGAAAAGAGCCCAGCUCACUCAAAGCUUGCUUGCUUGGACGACAUCUUCAAUGAAAUCGAAUUUGGAAAUCAUGGAGAUGAUCCAUGGGAAAACUAUCCGGCAUUGAAAUCGCUGAUGAAAGAAAGGAUUGAUUGGGACACUGACUCCCCGAUGGUUGAGAUUACUAUUGAAGAGUGCAAGACCAAAGGUCGACAGCCAUGUGAAACGAAGAACUCGACUUCAUUGACGGCACGAGAUUCCGAAACUGGCGAGAUCUUCAAUACUUUCAACAGGAUUUGGAAGGAGAGGGACGAACCAAUGAUUGUAAAACGCGAACAACUUGAGGAGUCAUUCUGGAACACGAGGGUACCCAACAUUUUGAAUCACACCUGGGAACGACCACUGAUCAAGCACGUCAUAAUGGCAUACGGAGUAGACAUUCCAACCGAAGUAGGUUACAAGUAUAGGAAGAAGGAAUCUCCAACACAGGACCAGGAGGAAUAUGAUGGAGUACCGCACCUCGAGCAGGUGAUAGUGGAGCAAGCCCACGGAGAGCUUUUUACUGAAGCUUUGGAUGCCACUAGGGGUGGUCUCGCUGAUCUAUUAAAAAAGAGAAAGAAACGAGAAAGGUUUGGAGAAAGCUCGCUACACCAUAGCGGCGAUGGUAGUGUUCCCUAUCUGUCGCUAUCUUGGGCUCAUGUUUGGCUUUUCCAUGCCGCUCGGGCGGCAAGACAUUCUGGGAGCGAAGACGUUGCAAGUGGGAACCCACUGGAGGACAUAGUUGUCAGUCACAGACCCAAAGGUGCGAUGGAAUGGGUUGAUGGAGCGCCACCGAAGCAAAGUAACCAUGAGGAGAAGAAGACCGUCGAGAGCGAUACGGGGACAAAUCAUCCUCACGGCACAAAGUACAAACCGGAAAUGCACCGGUUCCACAAUGUAGGCAAGUCAAGAACGACAGGCAUAGAGUACACUACGACUGUGAUUGAGGCACUGGGUGUUGAGCACAAAGAAACCACAAGGAACUACGACAUCUUGGCGGCUGUCUUUACUGAUGUUCUUCGCAACAUGCAUGAUGACUUCGGUCUCGUGUAG